AUGAUACUCUCCAAGACACUCCAAAACAUGAAUUUGCUUCGCUCUGCAUUAACCAUGGAUCCAGUGGGUUUUCCGAUGCAGGAUCAAACGAGCGCACUUGAAUGUGACAUCAAAUUGACAUUCGACUUAUUCACUUUGGGCGCCGAAUUGGCAAUCACAGACGAAGAAACGAUUGUAAGCACUGUUAUAGCACUGUUGGAAACAACCGAUAAAAUGGAUCAAGCUUUCAACUUCCGCGUGACUGGCAAGUUGCUUUUCUAUACGACAACGUUAAAUGACCGAAAAUGA